GCUUGCGUGUCUUUCGUUGCAUCUCUAUAUUAUUUAAAUAACAAUUUUGACUUUACCUCGAUAUCUCAACGCCAACUCAUAACAAUGUCUACAACCACCAACCGCUCCUUCUGGCAAGACAAAACUGGCGUCCCGGGUACCAUCCGCGAGGCCCCAAUCCCCUCCACUCUCGUCGAAGACGAAAUCUUCGUAAAAGUCCGCGCCUGGGGUCUAAACCCCGUCGACGCCUUUAUCCAGGACCACCCCCUCCCCUUCUUCAAGUACCCCCUGAUUCCAGGCCAGGAUAUCGCGGGAACCGUCGAGCGCGUGGGCCCGGGACCUCACUCCCAGCGCUUCAAAGUCGGCGACCGCGUCCUCGGCUAUGCGAUGGGCGCAUCGGCUAUGGGUAAACCCGGAAACGGCGCGUUCCAGGACUACGUGGUGCUGGACCACGCUCUGGCUGUUAAGAUCCCAGACUCGCUGUCUUUCGCCGAAGCCGCCGUGUUCCCGCUCUGCUUGGCUACAGCCGGCCACGCGCUCUUCGGAUCCAAGUAUCUCGCUCUCCCACCUCCCAAAGCAGCUUCCGGCAGCGCCCCGAGAACCGGGAAAUCGGUCCUGAUCUGGGGCGGCGCUUCCGCCGUCGGCAGCAACGCGAUACAGUUAGCGAGAGCGGCGGGGUUCGAAGUCCUCGCUACGUGCUCGCCGCGGAACUUUGAUUAUGUGCUUGGCCUGGGCGCGGAUAAGGUGUUUGACUAUAACAGCGCGACGGUCGUUGACGAUCUCGUGACUGAGCUAGAUAAUAAAGGUGUCUGCGCGGGGAUCUUCCAAGCCGCGGGCAUGACGGGCGACGCAGUCGCGCCGUGCUGCCAGGUCUCGCACCGCUUGCGGCAGAAGCCGUUCGUCGCGUGCGCGAAUGUUGUUCCGGAGGGGGCGGUGCCGGAGGGUGUCGAAGCCAAAUUCGUGUUUGGCGGGGAGGAUGGGAGGGGUAUCUAUUACGAUACUACUUCUCAGCUCUUCGGUGGGUUUCUGGAGGAGGCGCUUAGGCUAGGGACGUAUAAGGCUGCGCCUAGGCCGGAGGUUGUGAGGACUAGGGGGCUGGAGGGGAUUCAGGAGGGGUUGGAUGUUGUGAAGAAGGGCGUUUCGGCGAAGAAGAUUGUUGUUUUGGCGGAGUAGUUAUAGUUCAAGGAUGAUCUUGAUAAUAUCGUUAUUCUAUUUAUGGAUUGUUGAUAAGGUAGAUAAACAAUUACUACAUAUAUAGAUUAAUCUAUAUUUGACUGAAUCACUUUCUGUGGCUUUUUGAUGUAUUGCCUUUUUACCCCUAUUUUGCCCCUAUUUUCGAGAUGUCCUAAUGAUAAUGGUCCGGCGUGUCCCCGUACCUAUCAGUAGGCGAUUACUCA